UAAGGCAUCAUCAUCUAUACACAGCUUCUCAAUAUAAACUUUUAUUUAAAACCAAUAUUGUUAAACAAUGACUUCCUCAAAGAUCUAUUCAGGAAUUCGAGUAAUGCUCCUGUUUUUCGUAAGCCUAGCCAUAGUGAAUCUUUCAAUUGGUGAACAAAGGUUUUGUGGUAAUAAGCUGAGGAAUGUUAUCGAAUUGAUGUGUCCAAACGGUGUUAAUGGAUACAAAACAAAACGAAGCUCAAUUUCACUUGAUGAAGACAUAAGCACUGAAAACACUGAAGAAGACUUCAACUUCGGCUUGAGCCUUGAUAUGUUGCCAUUGAUGGAUAGCAGUAACAGUGGUAUUGCCAAAAUUCGACGCAGGAGACAUGGAAUCGCACAUGAAUGCUGCGAUAAGCCUUGUAGUAUGAAAGAAAUUGUAUCUUACUGUCGAAAUUAAGCUUUUUUCAACAUUUAUGAUUGAUGCAACU